AUUUGAUUUCUCAUUAUUCUAUUUCUGGUUUUGUUACAAAAAAAAACGAAAAGACGAGUCAGUUUGGUUCGUCGACAAUUGCGUGACAUUGCAGAAACGAAACUCUUCCGUAAACCUUGCUGAGAAACGAAACCUACACCUAUCAGAGAGCUUUUUUGUUGUUGCACACGCUGUUGAGGACGGGUGUAAGGAUCUUACCGCUCUAAAUCCUCUCACACUGCCGAAGCUCACAAGAAGAUGAUUUCGGUGCUGCUUAACGUUCUUGUGCUGAUGUCGGUGUGGGGCCUAACUGGGGCAAGAUAUCGAACAACCCCAUCAGGCCCCUCCACCUUAGACCUGCGUGGUCAGGUGUUUACAGUGACAUAUAGAGGGGAACUCACCAUGUACACAGAUGCGAUCUCGCCCUCUCCCUACUCCUCUCCCUCCCCUUCUCCCGACUCCUCUCCCUCCCCUUCUCCCUACUCCUCUCCCUCCCCUUACUCCUCUCCCUCCCCUUCUCCCUACUCAUCUCCCUCCCCUUACUCCUCUCCCUCCCCUUCUCCUUCCUCAUCCACCACCUUGAAUCCCUACACCUCGUAUCCCUACACUACCUCCUCUCCCACUCCCUCUGCUCUGACUGUGUGUCUGCGUUACAUGGCCGAGGAGGGAAAAGACUUGACUCUCUUCAGCCUCACUCAGGGGAACUACUGGAACCUUUUACUGAAAAGGUAUUAUGGGAUGGACCACCUCUCCAUCUAUUCCUCCUCCCAGGACUUUCGCUCCUAUAAGCUGCUCAUGGGGGUCACAGAGCCACGCCCCUGGACCAGCCUGUGUGUUACCUGGGAGAAAAAGACAGGCCUGGCCCAGGUGUGGAGAGGCGGGACUGUCAGCGUCAGGAAGAGGGUGUUUGGCCAGGUGACCAAUGGGCCUCCUGUCUUGAAAGUGUAUAAGUUUGAGGGUCAGGUAACUGACGUGGAAGUGUGGGACAGAGUCCUCUCCCCAAGAUGGAUAAUGGGCUACAUGUCUGGGUGGCAGUCCUACUGGUCCUACAGCCCUGGUAAUGUGCUAACCUGGUCCAAUGCCAUCUACUCCACCAAUGGAGAGAUCUUUCUGGAGGAAAACACUUAUAACUCUGACCAUCAGUCUAUCAGAGGCCACGACCAGCGCACAGGACCAGUGAAAAGGAAGACAAAGAGAAAGUUUGAAUGGAGGAAGAGUGAGAAUGCAGAGCAGAGACAGAGGGCAUGGCUGUAGGGGAGAGUAGUGAUUGCCACCACUGGCGAUUUUAACUUGUAAAUCUUGUUGGGGCAAAAAAUAACAAAAGUGGGAUGCAUGCCAGCAAAUCCACAACACUAAACAAUACAUUAAUUGCACUAUAACGGUGACAAACGGUGCCCACAAACGGCCUAUAUAAGCAGAUCAGAGGCAAUCCGUAAUUUCGAUUAAGACAAUGGAGAGCUAGGAUGGAUGUAGUCAAUAUAACUAUUUUAGCACUUUUGAAAUGUACAGCGACAGAAUUCAGAACAUGGGCCAUUCUUACAGUGUUUUCCCUGUACACCAAGUCAGAACGAUAGGACAGAUAAAGGGGGCAUAUAAGCAGACAAUGAAAGCUUACACUAGCUUAGAAUAUUCAAUGAUUACAUUUCUCUAAAACAGGUUAUAGACUACAUGAGCACCACCAAGUCAGAACAGUAGGUGAAAUUAAGAGGGGUAAAUAGACCAAAUUAUUAGAGUGAGGCACAUGGGCUACUAACAUCUUACUACACAACAACCACUUAGUACUACUUUCUUAGCUACAGUGUACAUAUCUAUGAUAUAUUUGUUUUACAUUUUUUCCAAACUGCUAUGUGACACGUAUUAAUGCCAAAAUAACAUGCAAAACAGGCAAGUGUAUUUAUUUAUUUUGCUAAAAAUGUGGGGCUCAAAACAGCCCCACCUGCCCUGAAUGACAGGUCGCCACUGAUUGCCACUAACCCAUACUUUAGAUUAGAAGAUGUACCUUAUGUCCUAUUGAUGCUCCUUGGUUGAUACUUGUGAAUCACUUAAUGACUGCAUUAAAAAGAUAAUUAGCCUACAGUAUAGGCGACAUAGGCCUAUAUAAUUCAAUAA